UCCGUGAUAAAUUCUUUAGAAAUUGGAAUUUAGUUAUUGAACUCUUAGAAAUCAUCUGUCUUCGCGAUCAACUCAGGGAGAAAAAUAUCAAUGAUGAUUCUGAUAGAAUGUUUAGAUUAACGGAAUAUGUAUUAUCGCGUUCUUUUGCUUUCACAGCAAACAUGAAAAAUCUGAUCACUUGUUUUUUUCCAGCUCUCUACUUGUUGAGUUCUACCGGUUCCGACAUAUUUUUGUUUGGCUUUAAAAAAGUGUCAUGGGGACUAUCGUUGAUGCUCCAAACAAGGAAUAACUUGACUAAGAUUUCACCUGUUAUGUCUAGGAAAUUGAUGUCGAUGAAAAGUUCAGAAUCUCCAUUUUAUGAUUUUUUUUUCAACUGCAAGCUACGUCCAGAUGUUUGAUCAUCAACUGUUGUCUUCACUUCCUGUUUGAAUUGAACUAUUUGGCCCCUAAAAUUUUGGCACAUCUUUUAUCUGAUUUAUAUUUUUAUGAAAAAAUUAUACACAGUCAAAAUACAAUUUAUGCGAGUGCAGGAAACUAAUUGAAGAUUAGCUGAGAAGAAGUCUACAUUGAGAAAUUUGGAUUGGGAUAGUUUAGAAUUCGAACUACCGAAUAUAUAUCCGGGCUGAGAAGUUUGACAUAUGGAAGAUCUCCAUUCUGUUAGUAGCCCUAGAAGAAUACUCAGUCUGUCAAAGAAACGAACUUUGAUCUCCUUGGACAGAGAUGACAAAGCGCCUGGGUUUGGGCUAUCGGGAGAACAUGGCCCCAAACCUUCAGAAGUUUACGGGUUUGUGGGUUCCAUCACAACAGUGGUUGCUACAGUUGUAUACUUGAUCUGGGCAUAUGUUCCAGACUCUUGGCUGCAUUCCGUUGGAAUCUUCUACUAUCCUAGCAGGUCAGCAAUAUCCCGAUCCUUUGUUAUUCUUUCUUCAUUGCUAUGAAUGACACUAUUUCAU